CCGUUUCUUGCCCCUCAUCCGGAGGCCGAAGCCUCCGGUUUAGGCGGGGCGGCGCAACCCGAGCUCCCGGACCCGGAAGAAGCGCCAUCUCGCGCCUCCGCCAUGGAGCCCACCGCGCUGUCCCUCACCGAAGAGGACCUGACUGAAGUGAAGAAGGACGCUUUAGAAAAUUUGCGUGUAUACCUAUGUGAAAAAAUCAUAGCUGAGAGACAUUUUGAUCAUCUACGUGCAAAAAAAAUACUCAGUAGAGAAGACACUGAAGAAAUUUCUUGCCGAACAUCAAGUAGAAAAAGGGCUGGAAAAUUGUUAGACUACUUACAAGAAAACCCCAAAGGACUAGAUACCCUGGUUGAAUCAAUUCGGCGAGAAAAAACACAGAACUUCCUCAUACAGAAGAUUACGGAUGAAGUGCUGAAACUUCGAAAUAUAAAACUAGAACACCUGAAAGGACUGAAAUGUAGCAGCUGUGAGCCUUUUCCAGAUGGAGCCACAAACAGCCUCUGUAGAUCAAAUUCAGAUGAGAGUAAUUUCUCUGAAAAACUGAGAGUAUCCACUGUCAUGUACCAUCCAGAAGGAGAAUCCAGCACGGCGCCCUUUUUUUCUACUGAUUCUUCUAUGAAUUUGCCUGUUCUAGAAGUAGGCAGAACUGAAAAUCCUAACUUCUCUUCAACUACGCUCCCCCGACCUGGGGACCCUGGGGCUCCUCCUUUGCCCCCAGAUCUACAGUUAGAAGAAGGAACUUGUGGAAACUCUAGUGAGAUGUUUCUUCCCUUACGAUCACGUCGUGCUGUUCGCGGCAAUGACAGUUUACAGCCUUUGAAUUUUUUUUCAUAAUGGCAAAAAAAUAUUUGAAUCUUUUUAUAAAAUUGCUAUAAUGACUUAUUAACAUCAGAUACUUGUCUUUUAAAAUUCAGUAGUAGCACACUUUGUAAAUAAACUUUUGGAAUUAAAAAAAAGUAUACUUUUAGAUAGCUAAAGUAAAUCAUGUUGACCAUGUAUUUUUCAGUAUUUUCUAUUUUUUUCAUUUUUGAGGUGUUUAGUAUUUUCACAUUUUUUAUGUUUUAAGACUAAUUUUAUUAGGGAACAUUUCUCUAUUUGAGAAUAGAGUCUUAGGCUGGGAAUAAUGUUUUUUCUCAGUGUAUUUGUGCUAGAAAUUUUCAGUCUAAUAGUCCUUUCCAGCCAUUCAACAGUAAAUUUUCAGGAUUAAAUUGUUUCUAUUCAGUAAUAAAGCCAAUCACUAAUGGGAAAACUACCAGUGUACCAAAAAGAAUCUCUUUCCCACUCCGUUUGGUUUAUAGACACUUACAGAAUCCUCUUCUGAAGCAAGGACACAUUGACAGAGUGUACACCACCUAAGACCUCAACUUGCCAAAAUACAUUUCUUAUUAACCUUCCUAAUUAAUGCUGUUUUCUUAAGAUUUUCACAUUCUUUGCUUUAUCAUUUUCAUUCCUCAAGAAAAAUCUUGGCAAAAACCUGUUAUUACAUGUAAGUUGAUGAGAUUUUUAAAAAUACUUUUUCUGUACUUUUCAUUCUUUUUUUAAUGAGAACUACUGUAUGAGUUGAAAUAACUAGAACAGAAUGGUGUGUGUGUGUGUGUGUAUGUGUAUGAGACAAGUCUAUUUUUAAUACUAUUUAGAACAAGUCGAUCAUUAGCUAGAUUUGUUUUUCAUUAUAUAACAAAGUUUGACUGAUUUUACACAUUUAUAAAUUAUGCUCUCGUGUUCAUUUAAAUUAUAAUUGUACUUAUUUUGGGAUAUUCACCUAAUAUAUUUCAAUUACUUGCAAAAAACAGAGAUGGAAAUACGCUACUAACAAUAAAAGGUUUUAAAUUGUAGUGCUAUGUUUUGGAAGUUCCAGACUUUUCAAUAGGAAGUAAAUAUCGAAAACACUUAUAUGCACCAAUUUUUAUAGAAAACAUUUCAAGGUGUAAGAUCAAGUUGCAUUUCUGGAUAGACUGAUAAAUUUAUCAAUCAUGAAGAAGACUGGCAUAUUGGUUUAAAAAAUAUUUUAAAGACUGGGUGAAGUUUUGUAGCAUAAACAUUUUCUAAGGAUUGUGGAGAAACAUUUCACCUUCAGGGUAGCAUAAGAAAGUAGUGGCAUUACAUUUAAAGAAACCUCUUAAAAGCAGAAGCAGGCUUUUCAUUUCAUUAAUUAAAAUAAAAUUUUAUAUGCAGUUUUUUUAUUUAAAUAGGACUUGUUCAGAAUCAAAGAUAAUAAAUAUGCUGUAGCAUUUAUAUUUAUAGUUUAUAACAGUUUUCUUUCAGACUGUCGAAUAUCUAGACAAUAAAAUAAGGGUUUUAACAAACUUGGGAUUUGGGGUUUUCUGAAUCUUAUAAAAUCAGUUUAUUUCCUUUAAACACUGAAAACCAGCCAUUGCUAAAAAUGUUUAAUUUUAAGUGAUUGAUGAUACGGUGCAGUUGGUUACUAGGUUGAUUAAUACAUCAGUGAAGAAGCUACUUUUCAUGGAUACCAUAUUAUCACUUAAUGUAAUAGCACCUUUGAGCUCAUUUUUUAUUGCUUUUUUAGAAAAAUGAAUAGACUACAUUUUUUAGAGCAAUUUUAGGUUUACAGAAAACUUGAAGAGAAAGUACAAAGUUCCCGUAUAUUCCCUCUUCUCCUGUUUCCCAUCUUAAGAUCUCACAUUAGUGUGGUACAUUUGUUAGAAUUGAUUAACUGGUCUCAAUAUAUUAUUAUUAAGUAAAGUUAAUAGUUUGUGUUAGGGUUCACUCUGUAUUGUACAGUUCUAUAAGUUUUGACAAAUGCAUAAUAUUCACCAUUAUAAAAUACACAGAAUGGUUUCACUGCCCUUAAAAUCUCGUGUUCCACUUAUUCAUCCCUUCCCAUUUCCUCCCCCUUC